AAAAAGUAACAGUGUAAUAAGUGAUACGGUGUUUUAGUCAUGGAGAGCGGCAGCGAGAAUUUAGACGUAAUGAAAUUUAUUAAUGUUAAAGGCAACGUUGAAAACAUUACACCACAUAAAAUAGCAGUUGUCGCUUUUAUCAGAGAAUAUGGAUUGUUGAAGAUAGAAGCUAAAGAAAUGAUUGACUGCACUAUGGCUCCAAAGUACAGGAAAGAUUUCUGUUUAUUAGCACUCAAACUCAUUCAGUGUCCAGACAUGGAGUUUAAAGAAUUGGAAGCACUACUCACUGACGGUCGCUAUAAUCUGUUAAGUGUACACUUGCAGAACUUUUGUGUGCGCCUACAGAACAUCUAUGUGAAUGGCAUCAGUGCCCUGAUGGAUUGUGUCACCUCGGCUGUUGACAAACUCAUGAUAGAACAGACUGAGAUAAAUACAUGUGUUGUUAGUAGGUGCAGUGUAUUAGGAUUUUAUCUAAGAAGAAUAAUGCUUCACCUGGACAAGCUUACGUUUGUGCAAGUUGUAUCCUUAUACAAGUCAUUUUGCCUUUAUUACCAGAGAGGCAGGCCAGGGUUGAUGAUGAGGUCGUUAAGUAAAGAGAAACUAAAUAAUGUGGAACCCCAAGUGGCUUCGACGUCGCAAGCAUUUCCAGAGGAUCUAAAAUCGUCUGAGCUAUCUUUUAGGAUGAAUAUUAUAGACAGAGACAACAGCUUUGAGGAAUGUCAAUGGUCUCGAAAGCAAGCCGAGCUGUUUACAGCUCAACAAGCCAAUCUAUUGCAGGUGAAUGAGGAUAAGGCUCUACCGCCGCGCCAGCUGCAGAAGACAAUCAACAGAAUCAUGAAUGAUAUCCCGGAAUAUUCAGACAUUCAUUUCCUCAGUUUCCUAAACUGCAUACGAAUGAAAGAGUUUUGCGGCGCGCAAGACUCCCUCUACAAUUGCUUCGAUCGCGCGGUAUUUUGCGUCACAGGCAACAGCAGCGCGUGUAACGACAGAAACAAGAGUUUCCGUUACGCAGCUCUUAAUAGGGCUGCGAUGCAUACGAAGUUUGGUCACAACUCGCUGGCGAUGGAGAGCGUGCGCGAGGCGCUGGCCACGGCGCAGGAGGCGGCGGACGGGUCGUGCCUGGCGCACGCGGCCGCGUGGGGCGCGCUGGCGGGCGGGCGCGCGCGCCGGGCCGCGCUGCUGGCGCGGGUGCCGCGCGCGCCGCGCCCCGCCGCCGCCGCCGCGCAGCUCAUGGCGCAGCACACCGCCGUCAACAGCGUGCGCCCCGCCGAGGUGUUCCAGAUUCUGACCAAAGGCGACUCCAUCAACUACCUCCACGCCAUGACAGACUUGACCAUGGCGGGCUUAGCCAACACAGCAGCGCUGUGGUCUCUUUACGGGAAGACAGAAAUGGCUUCCGUGGCGUGCCAGCUUUUACUCAACCUGAACACAAAAUGCAACAUCGGCGUCGGCAGCGUGUGGCACAACACGAUGGCGCUGGCGACGGCGGGCGCGGGCGCGCAGUGCGCGGCGGCGUGGCGCGGGGACGCGGCGCUGGCGCGCGCGCUGGCCGCCGCCGCGCGCGCGCCGCCCGCCCGGCUCGUCGCCGCCCGGGAGCAGGCCCGAGCGGCGCUGCUGGCAGGUAAAUGGGAGGAAGCGGAACAAAAUAUAAAGCAACUAGCAUCCUAUGACAGAUGGCAGAGCCAGUUAUUGAAAGCCGAGAUGUUUUACCUAAAAGGAGACGCAACAGAAGCGUUGGAAUCCAUUCACGACAUAUUAGACUACUGCAAGACUGAGGAUGACAGCCUUCAUUACAUGUCUUUGAGGCUAAAAGCUAUGAUACUGAUGUCUCAAGUACAACACACAUUCAGUAGCAUGCAGUCGACAAAUAUUAUGUUGCUGAAUGAAGCAUUGUCCUUGGCAAAGAAAUAUCAUUUGCAUUAUUUAGCCGCUACAGCUGAAAUGCACAUAGCAAACGUACAACUGAAUAUGGGAUGCGCCAAAAACGCACUUAUUUUAGUACGAAAAGUACUACCUUCUAUAAUGGCUCAUGGGAGUGCAUACGAUAUGGCUAGAGCACUACUUUUAUACACGAAGUGCCGCAUAGCUACUGCCCCUACGAGCGGCGAGGCGCGCCUCCAAGUGAUACAAUCAUGCUGCGUAACACUAGAAUCUGUUAAAAAGAAUUUUACUAAAGUGGGUGCCCAAGCUCGUCUGUUGCAGACAUGGUAUUUACAGGCUCAGCUGUAUAAUUCUAUUGGAAACCAUGCAGCUAGAAAUCAAUGCGCAUUUGUGUAUAGACAACUCGAAACACAAAACCCAGUGGAACCAACUAGUAACUUAUUUAUUAUGUACUGAGUUAAAAUUAAACAAAAAUAUCAUUCA